GAGGAGAGCAAUAGUUUUGUUUACAUUUCGCACAUUUUUGCUCUCCUUCUUUGGCGUAAACGAAAGAAAGAGUACGGUAGUGUUGCAAGAGAAGAGUGACAGAUUUGAUGUAUGCAGAGGAUGCAGAGUUGUCAAAAAGAUUGUUACAUAUUACGAACACAAUUUAUAGCGUCCGCCAUUAUAGCGCGUAAAAAGCUGGAUACGCUCUAGCGCGCAAACCGCACACGGCAGCUUGCGUUUGAAAUUUGUAAAUAGUUUAGUUUGAAAAUUUCGACUUUUCCGUCUACUGUUAGUGUUUCUAAGAGCUGUAGCUUGUAAAAACUAUUUGCCUAGGUGCAGUUAUGUCUAUCAAUAUUUCUAUCAAACGCGAUGAUAUAGAAACGAGUUUAAAGGAUCAGCAUAAAGUUCAAUACAUUCCGGCAACGAUUCGUGGCGAUGGACCAGCCAAAGUGAAGCAGUAUUUUGAUAGCUAUACUGAGCAGCUGGAGGAUAAAACUUUCGUUAAUGCUUUACGCGGAUAUCCACUACGAGGAAAACAAUUCGACUUACCCGAUGGUUACAGCGGAGUAAUCUUGCAGGAAACUCAAAAACCGUUAUCUAGUGACGAUGAUCGUAAAUUCACAUUUGGAGGAGCGUUCAAACAGUUCACCUACUGGAAUUACGACAAAACUCCAUCUAGAAAUGAUCCGCUAGUUAAAGCGCUCGAUUGGAUUAAAGUUUCAGAGGUUCUUCACGAACCGCUCGAUGCGGAUUGCAUUAAGGAAGGAAAUGUGAAAAAAGAAUAAAAUCACUU